UUAUUUUUAUUUUACAAUGUUUUGCAAUGCAAGUUCUAACUUCUAAGACUGAACAGAUUUGUUAUUUUAUUGUAAUUUGUAACAUGAUUUUAAAAUAUGUUCCUUGAUUUUAGCCGUGUGUGAAGAUGAUCAUGAGUUGAGUUAGAAAAUUGAUAAAUAUAUAUUGAGGACAAAGAUACAAUUACGUAAAGAUUGGAAUAAUUCCACGCACGCAUUAUUUAGGGUUUGUUACUAUGACCGUUGUACAAAUGAAGAAGAUAAACAAACGAAUUCCUGGUGUUUUGCCGCCUCCCCCUAAAAGUGAAAUCGAUGGCAAAGUUGAAAACCUAUCAUCCAAAUCCAUACCAGAACUAAUGGACAUACGAGACCGUCAACUAAAACUACUGAACAAUAAAAGUUUCAUGAACAAACUCGCGGAUAAAGGGGCGAAGAUACAGGAGUUUUACGACAAAGUACUUUCAGAAAUUAACGCAAAACAGCAAGUAGAGCAAACUUGUCGUUUACUGAACGAUAUGAGCAUAGAUACUGACAAAAAUUCAAUACAAAAUCUCGAAUGGGAAGGUAAAAUUAAAAAGAAUGAGAAUACAUAUUUAGAUUCUGAUGAUGACAGCGAACCUGAAGAUGUCUUGCAUAUAAUAAGUCAGAGCACGUCAUAUGAAAAAAAAGUUAAGGUUUUGCAGCCAGAAAAGGCAUUGGUAACUCCUGAAGAUUUGUUAAGUAUAGGUGAGAUUCCACACAUAAAAAAGCUUGUUGAAAAAACAGAAGUCAAUGCUAAACCCAAAACCACAGGUCAAUAUAAACCAUACAAGACAACCGUAUCAGAUGUACACAAUCCAGAGAAGGAAAUACUUAGAAAACAGAAUAAAAAUUGGGAGGUCACAGCCGCGACCCCACCUCCAAUAGUACACGGCCCAGCAAAACCAUUGACUAUAGAAGAGUCUUUAAAGUUGCAGAAGGAACAUUAUAAACACAUAAAAAUGAUUGAAGCUCAACAUGCAGCUGAGAAGUUAUUAGCUCGAUCAGGUGUCAAAAUGGCUGAAAUGCCACAAGAUUUUACAAAGUUUGGAAACUAUAGAUCUGCUGACAGUGAUGAUUCAGGAUCUGAGGAGUCAGAUCCUGAAGGCAGUGAUAAAGAAGUCCUCGAUGAAGAACCAGAGAGAGGUGGAGUUGUUUUUACAGUUAUGAAUUGAUGUUUUAAAAGAAAUGUACUUUAAAUGAUUAUAGUUUACUUAUAAGAAAGCUGUAAGCAUACAAAUAAUUUAUAAAUAGGUUUUUGUAUUAAAUAAAUAAAAAUUGUGAUAAGUAUAUAUUCUUA